AGACCCUCCAUUCAUUACUCAGUUCACGCACACGCGCGCGCGCACACAGUCAUUGUGGGCUCACACACUCUAACACACUUUCGCACAUUCUCACACUGCUCUUGUAUUCUGCUCGCCCUCUCUCAGAACGGGAGUAAAGGUUUAGACCCGUCUGUCUCUCAGUUCAUCCCUAAAGCAGUGUGUGUUCGUGUAACCGGCUCUGUUGGUGUGUGUGUGUGUGUGUGUGAUGGCUGUGAGCUGUAUGAGGAGCGUGCCGGUGUUUCUGUGGGUCCUCGCGCUGUUUGCUCUACCAACGUUUAGCAACGACAUCCCUACAGGUCAACCUGAUGAGAACGUGACCGUGGAAUCAGAGCUGCUUCAUGAUGAGAUAAGGUAUAACAUGCGGAAGGCUGUGGAUCUGGAUGAGGAGGGCUGUUACCUACAGCCCGGUAACAGGGAAUGUUUGCAGAAGUGUGGCUUCAAUGCUACGGCCAAGACCAUCCUUAUCAUACACGGCUGGACGAUUGGUGGGAUGUUUGAGAGGUGGAUGUAUAAUCUGGUGGGGGCGGUGCGAGAGAGGGAGACUGAGGCGAAUGUGAUUGUGGUGGACUGGCUUGCUUUAGCCCACCAGCUAUAUCCAGAUGCCGUUAACCACACGCGCCGCGUCGGUCACAGCAUCGCCGACCUACUGGACUGGUUGCAGGACGAGCAGCAGCUGUCCCUGGAGCAGGUGCACCUUAUUGGCUACAGCCUUGGCGCCCACGUAGCUGGCUAUGCUGGAGAGUUUGUACGUGGAACCAUCGGCCGGAUCACUGGUUUGGACCCAGCAGGCCCGAUGUUUGAGGGGGCUGAGCCUCAUAAGCGACUCUCUCCAGAUGAUGCGGAGUUUGUGGACGUUCUGCACACAUACACCCGGGAGGCUCUGGGGGUCAGCAUCGGCAUCCAGGAGCCCAUCGGAGACAUUGACAUUUACCCCAACGGCGGGGAUGUCCAGCCUGGCUGCUCUUUAGGGGAUGUGCUGUCUACUGCUGCAGCUGGAAACUUCAUGGACGUGAUGAAGUGUGAGCACGAGCGGGCAGUGCACCUGUUUGUGGACUCUCUAAUGAAUAGAGAUCACGCUAGUUUUGCGUAUCAGUGCACCGGACCCGACCGCUUCAACAAGGGCAUCUGUCUGAGCUGCAGGAAAAACCGCUGCAACAACAUCGGGUACAACGCCAGGAAGAUGAGGAAGAGGAGGAACAGCAAGAUGUACCUGAAGACCCGUGCUGACACACCCUUCGGUGGGUACCACUAUCAGAUGAAGAUGCACGUCUUCAACAGGAAAAACGCAGAUGAUGCCGAUCCCACAUUCUACGUCAAACUGUAUGGAUCCCACAAUGACACCAAUGAUCUUAGCGUGGAUAUCCAAAACGGUGUUGGCCUGAACCUGACAAACACAUUCCUGGUUUUCACGGAGCAGGACAUUGGGGAGCUCUUGAAGAUCACAUUGAGCUGGGAAAGUUCCACCCAGUCAUUUUCUGCUGUAUGGAAGCAUAUUAAAACCUCACUGUGGUCCUGGUCCAGCACACCCACCGACCAAACCCUGGCGGUUCGAAGGAUCCGAGUGAAGCAUGGAGAAACACAGCAGAAGUUCACCUUCUGUGCCCAAGAUCUUUCUUCCACUGAGAUCUCGCCAGGAAAUGAGAUCACCUUUGUGAAAUGUCGGGACGGCUGGGAGGUGAAGCCCAGAAAAAGGAUCGUAAUCUGAGGACUUUGGUCCAGAGGAACACGGUAGAGCAAGACUUUACGGCCUGAGCACUUUCUGAAGGGUUUGCCUCACAGGUAGAAGCUGGAAGAGGUGACCCGUCAGUCGGUUCACUGGAUAAAGGUCUGGACGAGUGGCUGCCUGGGGAAAGAGGCAGUCUCCAGUCCUUCUGGAUUCCAUGUGGAUCAUCUUUUGCUACUAACGUGUGGCCUUACUUGUAAUUUUUGAAGGCCUGUACAUUUCACAUCUUCACCAGCAGUGCAGACCUCUACUGUGAGUGUGUGCGCGCGUAUGUAUGUAUGUAUGUGUGUGUGUGUGUGUGUGUGUGUGUUUUGGUAAGGGGUGGGCAGAGUAGGGAUGGGAUGGGGUCUUUUUGUAUGGUUUUGUUUUGGGGGGGAUUAUUUAACUUUUUGUUUUUUGUUGAUGUUUUUUUUUAUAUUUUAUUUAUAACAAAAAGAAAAGGCACUGUAAAAACCCAACUUUUAUUUAUCCCUCUGAUGCACACAUUGUACUGAGGCACAUUCAUUCUACUUACUGAGCUGCUGUAUCCUGUUAAACAUGAUGGAGUUAGUACGUCACUGAGAGGCAGAGUUCAUGAUGGCUACAUUAAGCAUACAUAGACAUUUAUGUUUAAGUGUUUACAUGGUCUUGACAACUGGUGCCUUUUUGGAGUAAAAUACAGGUUUAUAAAGGCUACAUAAGCCUGACAUAAACCUUACAGAACAUUUAUGUAUUCUUACUCCAGGCUUUAACGGCUGCUAUUGUCAGUUACCCCCGAACAGGUGUUGUGACUGAGCCUUUGUGAAUGUUUAUGUAGGAGUCCGUUGUUAUGAAGGCUUGUGUAGUUUGUGUUGUGGAGCUUUAUGAGCGCUGCUCUUCAGUGAAGUGUUGAAGGUUGUUGUUGUUUUUUUGGAGCUCUUGAGCUCUGAACAAAGAAUGAAAAGCCAUUUUAAUGAAUCUGCAGUAUUAAACCAGCAGGAGAUCUAAAGUACGCGACAGUUUUUACGCGUGGAUAGAUCUCUAACCUUGUUCAUGUUCUGUGUUUAUAUAAUGUAUUUAAAAUAAAUUCAUAUGUUUGUAAUAAAA